AUGGAUCGGAUAAGUGAGUUGCCUGAUGCACUGCUCUUGACGAUAUUGUCGUUCCUGCCUACAAAAGAUGUUGUGGCCACAAUGGUUUUGUCUAAACGAUGGCAGUGUCUUUGGAUGUUUGUGCCAAGACUUGAAUACAAUGAUGAUAUGUACCAAGAUGGUGAAGACAGGGGAAGAUUCUUUCGGUUUGUUUACAAUUCUUUGUUGUUGCAUGAGGCUCCGGUUCUAGAAAGUAUGUGUUUAAAACUUGGUCAGAAGAUUGGUGCUAUAGAUAUUGAAGUAUGUGUUGGACCUGCUGUUAAUCGCAGAGUGCGUGAGCUGAUUAUCGAGAUUGAUGCUUCGAUUACUGAAAUUCCAGUCACGCUUCCAAGGAGUCUGUAUACAGACUGUAGAAUGCUUGUGAGUUUGGUGCUAAACAAUGCGGUUCUCGUGGAUUCUCGUAACCCGAUUUCUUUCCCAUCCCUCAAAACUCUGAAACUUACAUCGAUGAAGUACCCUGGAGAUGACUUUUUCUACAAGCUUUUAUUUAGUUGUCCUGUUCUUGAAGACUUGUUUGUUGAAAAAUGCAUUGAUGAUAAUGUAGCCUUUUUGGUAGUUAGAGUUUCUUCUUUAAAGGUUUUAUCCUUGCAUACAUCAUCAGACGACACAUAUCAUGAGGAGAUUGUGAUCGAUGCCCCAUAUUUAGAGUCCUUGAAUAUAGAGCAUUAUACAGAUGGGUCUUGUGUUAUUGAGCGUAAUAUGCCUAAGAUUGUUAAGGCAAGUCUUGAUUUCAAUUAUCGUCAUACCGAGCAGAUUUUUGGUUCUCUUACUACACUCCAACAAUUUGCAUUAUGUUUAGCGACUUCGAAGGAUGCAUAUUUUGAAGGAACAAUAUUUAGCCGGCUUGUACGUUUGGAGCUAUGUACGUGCCAAUCUGCGUGGCUGGAUCUACUUAUGAGACUUCUCAAAGAUUCCCCUAAACUAAAGUUUCUUGAACUUCUUGAACAGGACCAUGAAGAAGACACUGAAGUUCCACGACCGUGCUGGAAUGAACCGAGUUAUGUUCCUGAAUGUCUGUUGUCCAGUCUCGAAACUUUCAAGUGGAGACAAUACAAUGGAAGAGAAGAAGAGGAAGACGUGGCGACAUUCAUCCUGAGAAACUCUGGCUUUUUAAAGAGGGCAACAAUUUACCCCAAAUCAACAGAUCCUAUAGAGAAUCUUAAGAUGCUCAUGAAGUUGUCAAUGUCACCAAGAAGUUCACCAAUCUGUCAGCUUACACUUCAUGGGAAUGUCAAUCGAGUCUGA